AUGUCCACUAACGACCGCCAAACAUUCGAAUGUACCAUAUGCAAGCAGCACCAUAACACCGUACCCGACCUUCUCCCCACCGGCCACAGUGGCCACAAACCACACUGCCUCUUCUGUCUCGCCCACACCCUCUACCGUAUCAUCAUCCCCGCCGCCCCCGUACCCCGACCCACACCCGAGCAAGCCGAGAAGAACAACAUCAUCAAGACGCGGAAAAUCGUGCUCUGCACCAUCACGCCCGUCGUAGUCCUCGCAUACUUUGCGUUCCGGUGGCAAGCCCGUUUAUGGCACCACAUCGCUACCGGCGUUGGCGAAGGUGUGGAAAGGUGGCACGAUCGCGCGCUGUGGGUCAUGCUGUGCAUGGUCGUGCUUUCGCCCUGCGGGUUUGUGAUGGGGUUCGUGGGGGCUGGGGGAUAUUAUAUGUACUGGUGUGUUAAGAAAAAGCGUGCGAAGCGCAGGAAAGCCAUCGGUACUACAACUGGAUUGCAUGCUGUACGCCUCCAAGACCGACCCUUAGCCGACCUCCGAUAUCAGGAUCUCAGGGAAAUGAAUGAGCCCAUCAAGAUCGUCAUCACGCCGCCGGAGUCACCGCCCCUGCGUGCGAACAGAAUGAGUCAAAUGUUAGGUGUGGUUAGUGACGUAUUCAGGAGCGGAUACGAUGGGAGAGCAGUGAGGAGGGAGAGUUUUGCGAUGGAGGAGCUGGGUGAGACGCAGGAGGAGGAUAGAGAUGCGGGAAGUAGGCCGACGACAGAAUGGCCCGUCAUGUAG